AUGGAUCAAGCCAGCUUCAAACACUACGGUUGGGACGCGGUUCCUCUCCGCUCUCAAUCACUUAUAACUUUAAAGAGCAUCUAUGAGAAGGACAGUGCCACAAACCUUCAAUGGGUUUACGUCCUUUCUCAUUUUGCCAAAACUGGCUAUCUACAACUUACUAUUGUUGUUGCGUCCUUCUUUGUUCUUAUCAGAUAUCUGCUUCGCCGCCCCUACUCUAAGGUUUCUAGACCUGAAGGGAAUAUUCAUGGAAUGCCAUUACUAUUUGAGCUAUCCAGCCAGAUCUUACGAGCCGCCGCUCUGGCUUUCGCCAUCGUUGCCGCAAUUCAGAAUGCAGGCCGAUGGACUGACGUUACUGCCGUGGCCUACGCUUUCAUCCUUGGAAUUUUGCGACUAAUCAAUGAUGUAGAGUGGAGGCAUGUCGCCCUCCACCACGUUAAUACUAUUCUUGCCGGUUCUCUGCUCAUUCUUGUCGUAGAGGAACUUCUUCCGUAUAUUGACGCGGACUUUUCCAAGGACUUGAGCCCAAUGGUAAUCUGUAGCGUAUCAACUUUGGCUGCUGCUGUUUUGGUAGCUCUUGUCACACCAAGAGAAUGGACGCCGCCAUCGUUGAAUCUUGAUUUCAACGAGGAAAUAUCAAUCAAAGGGCCUUCUCCCGAAGAGACCUGCAGUUGGUUAGAGUACUUUGUAACGUACGAAUGGCUUACACCUCUCAUGCUCAGGGGUAUGCGUCGACAAGUGACUCUCGAUGAGCUUCCCACACUCCCUUGGUAUGACGAUCCAAAACUUCUCCUUACUAGGAUCAAGCAGGCACGCCCGAAAGGAAAGACCACAUUAUGGACUAUAAUUCACUUCGUACCAAAGGAGAUUACCGCUAUGAGCCUCUGGACUACAUUCGCUUACCUUUUCGAACUUAUAGCUCCGUACGCUAUGUAUAAAUUACUCGGCUUCCUAACCAACCCCGAGAAGUCUCUACUUCGACCUUGGGUCUGGUUAGUACUCCUAUUUGUUGGUCCACUAUCGCGCUCCGUGUGCUAUCAGCAAUACAUCUUCACAUCAACUCGUUUAGUUGUACGCGUCAGAACCGCAUUAACGCAAGAGCUGUAUUAUAAAGCGAUGGACUCGAUGGAAUUAGACGAUGAUGUAUUCGCGGAGAUUGCUACCAUGGGCAAAGGUCAAAAAAUUAAGCAGGGUACUACUUUGACGGGACGCUUGGCAAACCUCAUGGGUGCUGAUAUAGAAGCCAUCGUAAGGGCUCGAGACAUUGUUCUAGUAAUCUGCGGAUUACCAGUCGGGACGACUGUGGCUCUCUGGGGCCUUUAUAAGCUGUUGGACUGGUCAGCGCUUGUUGGCAUUGUUGUAAUGAUAUUGCUAUCACCCCUUCCAUUUCUGAUCGCCCGACGUAUGGUAAGUAUCCAACAUGACAAGAAAAGAAUACAAGACUCGAGAAUUUCGGCUGUCUCAGAGUAUCUGGCCUCGAUUAGAGCGAUUAAGUAUUUCUCUUGGGAAGAUGCUAUCAUCAAUCGAGUUAACGAGAUUAGGUUUAGUGAGCAAAAGAAGAUAUGGUCCAUUAAUCUGCUUUAUAUCGCACUCAACCAGCUUACAGAGGCUAUCCCCAACCUAUCACUAGUCCUCAUAUUCACCUUGCAGGUACUAGUACGUAAGGAGCCCCUGACUGCAGAUGUUGCUUUCACAGCAAUAACGUUGGUCCGGACGCUACGCCGAAACCUAUCACAAGCAUCCCAGAUGUCGCGAGAUUUUAUAGCUGGAAGCGUCUCUCUCAAACGUGUAGACCGUUACUUCAAUAACACUACACCCUUGCAUUAUCAUCCAGUUGGCCCGCUUCAGAUCGCCAAUGCUACUUUCAGGCGCAACAAGAACGCAUCGUUUGCCUUGAAAGAUAUCUCUAUCGAUUUCGUCGAGGGCGGGUUAAACGUAGUAACGGGCCCAAGCGGGAGUGGGAAGUCAACACUCCUCUUGUCGAUUCUUGGCGAGACUAUUCUCGAGAGCGGCGAAAUCACAUGUCCCAAAGAUAUCGCCUAUGCGUCCCAGAGCCCCUGGCUGCAAAACGAGACAAUCCGCGACAACAUCCUCUUCAACAGCCCCUUCGAGCAGGUGCGAUAUGACCGAGUGAUAAACGCCUGUGGCCUACCGAUCGAUUUUAAUGAGUUCCCGGAACGAGACGGUACUGAAGUUGGCGAGAACGGUGCCUCGCUAUCCGGAGGCCAGAAAUCUCGAGUCGCUCUCGCACGGGCACUUUACUCGAAGGCCUCUGUGAUUUUACUUGACGACGUAUUCUCUGCUUUGGAUUCUAAGACGUCAGCGUUGUUAUGGCAGGAAGCUUUCUGCGGAGACUUGCUCAAAGGUAGAACAGUCGUUCUUGUCACUCAAAUGCCGUGGAUUGCGCCUCAGGCAGAUCUCUCAAUAACUUUAGAAAAUGGCUCGAUUAAAAAUGUCCAGCAGAACCUCGGCGUGGUUCGCGAAUCUGUCACACUAGCUUCAACGACUCUUGGUAAUGGAAACAUCGAUGUGACCGCAGAAACAGUCACCCCUACCGACACUCAGAGCAAUGGUACAACCACCAAUGGAAAUAAACCUAAUGGUGACAUAAAAAGCGCCCAGGAUAGAAACCGCGAUGAAGUAACGCAAGAAGCUAUGCGGACUGGACAAAGCGCUCGUUUACAAUUCUUCCAAUACAUGCGGCUCUUUGGCAACCCGUUCUAUGCCAUGCUUGCCAUCGUAAUGAGUACUCUCUCUACUGCCACGUUCGUGGGGACAGGACUGUGGAUUGCAGUCUGGGUUGACGCGUAUGGGAAAGACGAUGCAUAUGAUAUUGGGUUUUACCUUGGUAUCUACGCUUUAUGGAGCGCUGCAGACGCCAUCUUUAAUGGCUUGACCUAUAUUGCAUACGAGAACGGCGGAUGGUAUGCCGCGCGAUCACUACACUCUACGUUCAUCAAAGCUAUGAUGAGCGUUCCUCUCUCCUGGUACAAGGCGACGCCCGUUGGCCGGGUUGUCAACCGGUUCUCGCGGGACAUGGAUUCCAUCGACGCAACGCUGGCUGGAAUGCUCAGGCUAUGCGUCGAGAUGGUCACACGGCUCGGCUUCCAAGUUGCAGCCGUCGGUUCUGUGCUUCCCAUCUUCAUGCUACCCGCAGCCGCGUGCUGCGCCGUGGGGAUCGCCGCGGGAGAAAUGUACACAAGGACCUCGGUCGCGAUCAAGCGGCUCGUAGCAUCUUCGCAAUCACCUUUGUUCGCGCAAUUUGCCGACAGUCUAGCCGGCAUCGCCGUCAUCCGCGCUCGCGUAAACAUGCCCCAAAUCUUCGGCGACCAGCUCGCAGACAAGCUGCGGGUGGUCGAGAAGACUUGCGAGGCCCAGUACAACUGCAACCGAUGGGUGGCGCUCAAGGUCGACAUGGCUACCACCCUGGUCACGGUCGCCGCGGGUGCUAUCGCCGUCUCCCAAGCUGGUCUCGUAGCAGCUGGUCUUGUCGGAUUUUCGUUGACAAACGCAACGACACUGAGCCAACUUAUCAUACUGCUCGUGAGAUCAAGCAACGAGCUUGAAAUAGAGCUACAGAGCUUCCAUCGAGUUCGAGAAUAUGCCACUGUUGAGCCCGAGGAGAAGCCGGAUGAGUACAAGAGCGCAGACGAAUAUUCUGACGAUCCCGAAUCUGUCUUGCCCGAGAACUGGCCGAGAAGCGGACAAGUCGAAUUCCGUAAUGUGACUAUUAAGUACGAUGUGGAUGGGCCAGAAAUCUUGAAGAAUAUUAACCUCAAGUUUUCACCCGGCGAGAGAGUUGCCGUAGUCGGACGAACUGGAUCUGGGAAGAGCACUUUAGUUUUAUCUCUACUGCGGUUCACGAAUAUCGUUUCAGGGCAGAUACUUUUCGACGGCGUGGAUAUCACCAAGUUCCCGCGCAGGAAGCUCCGAGAAGCGCUUACAAUUAUCCCCCAGGAGGCAGUUCUGUUUAACGGAGACGUGAGGUCCAACCUAGACCCAACGGGGAAAGUUCCCCCAGAGACGUUGGAGAAAGCUCUGCAGUACUGUAGCGGAAUCGCAUCCUUCCAAUACCAUCAAAACGGGGGGCGAGCACAAAACGGCAACGGCCAUUCUAACGGGACCAACGGCACCUAUUCGGACGAAAUACCAAACGACAUGGGAAUUACUCUCGCCACGCCGGUGAAGCCCAAAGGAGAGAAUUUCUCUCACGGUCAACGGCAGGUACUUUCGCUCUGCAGGGCUUUAGUACGCAAGAGCAAGUUGAUGCUACUGGACGAAGCAACCGCAAGCAUGGACUACGAAACAGACCAGGGAAUCCAAGAAGUCCUUCGAAAAGAGCUGGCCGAGCACGGGCGGGACAGGACGCUUGUCACGAUUGCGCAUCGCCUGAAGACAAUCAUCGACUACGACCUCGUGGUAGUUAUGAGCGCCGGCUCGACUGUCGAAGUCGGAAGCCCGAAAGAGCUCUACGAGGCGAAGGGGCAAUUCUACGAUAUGAUGAGGCAUAGCGGAGAAUAUGAGGAUCUAGAGAGGUUUCUUACCGCCAAGAAAUAA